GUAGUUUGAUUGGUUGCCUCUUUCUCUUCAGUUCAGUCGUAUUUCUUUCUUUUAGUAAAAACUUCAUCUCUGAAACUCUCAAAACACCUUCAACUCAAACUCUACUUGCUGUCUUCUCUUUGCUUCUUCUAUCUUGUUUCUUCCAGAUGCCAUGGCGAAUCUCCGGCACCGAACACAACCACCACAUAACCGGCCACCACUUCAUCACGGAGUACCAAACAGUAACCCUAAUCCAAGAAGAGCAUACAACAUCAUACCGAUACAUGAUCUAAUAGCAGACCAUCCAUCGUUACGUUAUCCAGAAGUAAGAGCAGUAGCCACAGCACUUAAAACAGUUGGAGACUUAAGAAGACCUCCGUUUAUUCAAUGGAGAGAUGAGUAUGAUUUACUUGAUUGGCUAGGUUUUUUCUUUGGUUUUCAAGCAGAUAAUAUUCGGAAUCAGAGAGAACAUUUAGUACUUCAUUUAGCUAAUUCACAGAUGAGGAAACAACCUCCGCCUGAGAAUGUUGAUUCUCUUGAUUUGACGGUACUUGCUCAUUUUCGUAAGAAACUGCUUUCUAAUUAUACUUGUUGGUGCUCUUAUUUGGGAAGGAAAUCUAAUGUUUUCAUUGCUGAUAGGUAUUUAGAUCCUAGAAAAGAGUUAUUGUAUGUUUGCCUGUUUCUGUUGAUUUGGGGAGAAUCUGCCAAUAUUCGAUUUGUUCCUGAAUGUUUAUGUUAUAUUUUCCAUCAUAUGGCUAAGGAUUUGAACAUGAUUUUAGAAGAGUAUCCUGAUCCGGAAACUGGUGCGCCGUUUAUUCCUUCUAUUAGCGGUGAGAAUGGGUUUUUGAAUCUUGUUAUUACUCCAUUUUAUAAUAUUCUUGGUGAGGAAGUUAAGAAUAGUAGAAAUGGUACUGCUCCUCAUUCUGCUUGGAGGAAUUAUGAUGAUAUUAAUGAGUAUUUUUGGAGGAGACGAUGUUUUUCGAGAUUGAAAUGGCCUAUUAAUACCUCAAGUAAUUUUUUUACAACUAAAAAGCAAGGGAAAGGGGUUGGCAAAACUGGGUACGUUGAACAAAGAUCAUUUUGGAAUAUAUUUCGAAGUUUUGAUCGGCUUUGGAUUUUGCUCAUAUUGUAUCUUCAAGCUGCUAUAAUUGUUGCAUGGGGAGGUCAACAAUUUCCUUGGCAAGCAUUGGUUGAUAGAGAUGUUCAGGUAUCAGUUCUUACUAUUUUUAUAACCUGGUCAGGUCUUAGAUUUCUUCAAACAAUACUUGAUGCUGGAACUCAGUAUAGUUUGGUUUCAAGGGAGGAUGUUUUACUUGGUGUAAGAAUGGUGCUAAAAUGUUUUGUUGCAAUUGGGUGGAUAGUUGUCUUUGGUGUUUUCUAUGGAAGGAUUUGGUCCCAGAGAAACUAUGACAGGUCCCGGAUAAACUUUGAUGGUAGAUGGUCAGAUGAAGCUAAUCGUAGGUUACUGAAUUUCUUAUGGGCAGCAUUGGUGUUCGUAGCUCCAGAGGUUUUGGCUUUGGCUCUGUUUAUUAUUCCUUGGGUUAGGAACAUUCUUGAAGAGACCAAUUGGAAGAUCUUUUAUGCUUUCACGUGGUGGUUUCAGACGCGAACUUUCGUGGGCCGUGGUCUCAGAGAGGGACUUGUUGACAACCUAAAGUAUACGACCUUUUGGUUUUUCACUUUGCUUUCAAAGUUCUGUUUCAGUUACUUCCUACAGAUUAAACCCUUGGUCAAUCCUACAAAGGCCAUUUUAAAGCUCAACAGGAUAGAAUACAAGUGGCAUGAGUUCUUUUCUAACACCAACAAGUUGGCCAUCGGUAUGUUAUGGCUUCCAGUGAUUCUUAUCUAUCUCAUGGAUUUGCAGAUUUGGUAUUCCAUUUUCUCCUCCCUUGUUGGGGCAAUGGUUGGGUUAUUCUCGCAUUUGGGAGAGAUCCGUAAUAUUGAACAACUGAGACUUAGGUUUCAAUUCUUCUCUAGUGCAAUGCAGUUUAAUCUUAUGCCUGAGGAACAGUUGUUCAACGAUAGGCGUUCAUUGAGGAGCAAAGUGAAUGAUGCUCUGCACCGGUUGAAGCUUCGAUAUGGGCUGGGGCGGCCUUACAAGAAGAUCGAAAUGGACCAGGUGGAGGCCACCAAGUUCGCUAUGAUAUGGAAUGAGAUCCUUAUGAAUUUCAGGGAGGAAGACAUUAUUUGUGACCGUGAGCUUGAGCUCAUGGAACUGCCACAGAAUUCUUGGAAAAUCAGGGUUAUCCGGUGGCCUUGUUUACUUUUGUGUAAUGAAUUGCUGCUUGCUCUCGGGCAUGCAAAAGAGUCGGGUCAUUAUUCUGAUAGGGCUCUCUGGUUUAAGGUCUGCAAGAAUGAGUAUAGAAGGUGUGCCGUCAUUGAAGCUUAUGAUAGCAUCAAACACUUACUUCUAGAGAUCAUCAAACCUCGUACAGAAGAUCAUUCAAUUCUUGAAAAGUUGUUUUUUGAGAUUGAUGAAGCUCUUAAGUAUGGGAAGUUCACAGAGACGUACUUGACGAAAUUAUUGCCAGAUAUUCAUGCCAAAUUUGUUGCCCUCGUUGAGCUCCUGCUCAAAUCUGAGAAAGAUUUGUGCAAAAUUGCCACUACAUUGCAGGCCCUUCACGAGAUUUACAUCAGAGACUUCUUAAAGGUGAAGAGGACCCAGGAGAAGCUAAAGGAGGAUGGGUUGGCAAGUCUGAAGGAUGCAUCCAGCAAGGAUUUACUAUUUGAUGAUGUUCUCGAAAUACCGGAUGAAGAAGAUGAUGUUCCCUUCUAUCGCCAGCUACGGCGUUUGCAUACUAUUCUCACUUCCAGGGAUUCAUUGCAUAAUCUACCAGUAAAUCUUGAAGCACGACGUCGUAUUGCUUUCUUCAGCAAUUCCCUGUUUAUGAACAUGCCUCGUGCUCCAGAAGUUGAAAAAAUGAUGGCUUUCAGUGUUUUGACUCCUUAUUAUAAUGAGGAAGUCGUGUACGGCAAAGAACAAUUGCGAACUGAGAAUGAAGAUGGUAUAUCUACCUUGUUUUAUUUGCAGAAGAUUUAUGCAGAUGAAUGGAGCAACUUCUUGCAACGCAUGCACAGAGAGGGUAUGGUCGAUGAAGAAGAGAUCUGGACAACCAAGUUGAGGGAUCUACGUCUUUGGGCAUCUUACCGAGGCCAAACACUUUCACGUACUGUAAGAGGAAUGAUGUAUUACUAUAAGGCUCUUACGAUGCUGGCAUACUUAGAUUCCGCAUCUGAAAUGGACAUUAAAGACGGAGCAGUUGGACUUUCUUCCAUGAGAAGAGACAGUGGUUUAGAUGGUCUAGGGUUGCAUGCGUCACAAUCUUUGCAUACUUCACAGUCUUUGCAAGGUGGUCUGAGCAGGGCAAGUAGCGGAGUAAGUGUGUUAUUUAAAGGCCACGAAUUUGGGGCUGCUAUGAUGAAGUUCACAUAUGUAGUGGCGUGUCAGAUCUACGGGACACAGAAAGCAAAGAAAGACCCACGCGCUGAGGAAAUUUUGUAUCUGAUGAGGAACAAUGAAGCUCUUCGAGUGGCCUAUGUUGAUGAGGUUCCAAUUGGGAGGGAUGAAAUGGCAUAUUUUUCUGUUCUUGUGAAGUAUGAUCAGCAGCUGAGGAGGGAGGUAGAGAUUUACAGGAUAAAGUUACCAGGUCCUUUGAAGCUUGGAGAGGGUAAACCAGAGAAUCAGAACCAUGCAAUUAUCUUCACUAGAGGUGACGCGAUUCAGACCAUUGAUAUGAACCAGGAUAACUAUUUUGAGGAAGCUCUGAAGAUGCGUAAUCUACUGGAGGAAUAUAGCAAAUAUUAUGGCAUUCGUAAACCUACCAUCUUAGGAGUUCGUGAGAACGUCUUUACUGGUUCUGUAUCUUCCCUCGCUUGGUUUAUGUCUGCUCAGGAGACAAGUUUUGUCACCCUAGGUCAGCGUGUUCUUGCAAACCCUCUUAAGGUGAGAAUGCAUUACGGGCACCCAGAUGUGUUUGACAGGUUCUGGUUCUUAUCUCGAGGUGGCAUUAGCAAGGCUUCAAGAGUAAUCAACAUCAGUGAAGACAUAUUCGCGGGUUUCAAUUGCACGUUAAGAGGCGGUAACGUGACACACCAUGAAUACAUCCAAGUUGGCAAAGGAAGAGAUGUUGGGUUGAAUCAGAUAUCAAUGUUUGAAGCUAAGGUUGCUAGUGGCAACGGUGAACAAGCUCUUAGUAGAGAUGUUUACCGAUUAGGUCAUAGACUUGACUUUUUCCGGAUGCUUUCAUUUUUCUACACUACUGUUGGGUUCUUUUUUAACACGAUGAUGGUGAUUGUUACUGUUUAUUCAUUUGUUUGGGGGCGACUUUAUCUUGCUCUCAGUGGCAUUGAGGGCUCCAUGAAGAAUUCUUCCAAUAAUAAAGCAUUUGGUGCAAUCCUCAAUCAGCAGUUUGUGAUCCAGCUUGGUAUGUUCACUGCCCUUCCAAUGAUUGUGGAAUAUACUCUCGAGCAUGGCUUCCUUCCGGCUAUAUGGGAUUUCUUGACGAUGCAACUUCAGCUGGCAUCUGUUUUUUACACAUUCUCAAUGGGUACUCGCACCCAUUACUUCGGCAGAACCAUUCUUCACGGUGGAGCUAAGUACCGAGCAACAGGCCGUGGUUUUGUUGUGGAGCACAAAAGCUUCAGUGAAAAUUAUAGACUCUAUGCUCGUAGCCAUUUUGUGAAAGCCAUAGAGCUUGGUAUCAUACUAACAGUAUAUGCUGCACACAGCCCAAUGGCGAAAGAUACUUUUUUUUACAUUGCCAUGACAAUCACGAGCUGGUUUCUGGUAGUAUCAUGGAUUAUGGCACCCUUUGUUUUCAACCCUUCAGGAUUUGAUUGGUUAAAAACUGUAUAUGACUUUGAGGAAUUCAUGAGUUGGAUAUGGUAUAAAGGUGGGGUGUUCACAAAAGCUGAUCAGAGCUGGGAAACAUGGUGGUAUGAAGAACAAGACCAUCUGAGAACAACGGGCUUGUGGGGGAAGUUGUUGGAGAUAAUUCUGGAUCUGCGUUACUUCUUUUUUCAGUAUGGGGUUGUAUACCAACUUGGAAUUUCCGAUGGAAAGACCAGUAUUGCAGUUUACUUACUUUCAUGGAUUUUCGUGAUCUUCGUUGUCGGGAUCUAUGUGAUAAUUGGAUAUGCUCAGGACAAGUACGCUGCUAAAGAACACUCAAAAUAUCGCCUGGUUCAGUGGGUUGUGCUUCUGCUUACAGUUUUUAUAAUUGUUAUCUUAUUGGAGUUCACCGAGUUCGUAGUCCUUGAUCUGCUAACGGGGAUGUUGGCUUUCAUACCUACCGGAUGGGGACUACUCUCUAUAGCUCAGGUAAUCAGGCCGUUUCUGCAGUCGACUGUGUUAUGGGACACUGUUGUGUCACUAGCUCGUCUGUAUGAUGUUCUGCUUGGAAUUAUCGUCUUGGCCCCUGUAGCACUAUUAUCGUGGCUCCCUGGUUUCCAGUCAAUGCAGACUAGGAUACUCUUCAAUGAAGCAUUCAGUAGAGGUCUUCAGAUAUCUCGUAUUCUAGCAGGGAAAUAGUUUAGCGUUGAGUAUUGAGAUUUACAGAUGGACCCCAAACUGAUUGUACGAAGAGGUGUUCUUGGUCUGUUGCUGACAAUGGAGAAUUUUUCCCUGCCAAUUUUAAUGUUUACUGACCCCCCUAACCAAUUGCAUAAGAGGGUGCUCUGGUGUGUAUUGCUGACAACCAAGAUCUCUUCUCUCCUCAGUUGUAAUGGUUGCUGUUUUGAUAUCUGAAAUUAAAUGGAAAGCCGCAUUGUUGGGGAUGCAGUUGCUCAUCAUCAUCAUCUCCUUAUUUUGACAUGCAUGAUUUCUUAUAUUAUAUAUACUGAUUCUUAUCUUGGGUUGUAGUUUCUAGAGUCGUACAUAUCCAUUCUUAGCUUAAUUAGCUUCUCUAGAAUUUCGUUUGUUCUUAGAAGUUCACCAACUGAACUAGCAAUGUGAAUGUGUAUAUCACUAGUAUGUAAAAUUUCUGAAUAGAAAUGGCAUUCCACUUGCUUUGAAUUUUCCCAA